AUGGCUUUUGCGACUCUUCGUAGCAUUCCCUCACCGACUCGCUUGGUGCGUCCUACCAUGGCUAUUUCUCAGCACCAGAGUCGCCAGAUCUCAUUCUCUUCCUACCUCGUGUCACCCAGGGAACUCCAUGAAGCUUUGAAGAAGAAUCCGACCACGAAGAUCUCCACUUCUCCGCGUGUAAUCCCUCUAUGUGCCGCGUGGUUCAUGCCCAAUGACCCCGAGGGCCGCAAAGGUAUUGAUGCUUUUCGAAAGCAUCGAAUCCCUCAGGCACGAUUUUUCGAUCUAGACGCGAUCAAGGACUCUGAAUCUCCCUACCCGCAUAUGCUUCCUACUGUGGAAACGUUUGCCGAGGCGAUGAGCGAGCUUGGUAUUCGACGCGACGACGAGGUUGUGGUUUACGAUACGGAAGAGCUUGGUAUCUUCAGCGCCCCUCGUGUUGGCUGGACCUUACGAGUAUUUGGGCAUCCCAGGGUUCAUGUCCUCAACAACUACAGGCUGUGGGUUCGUGAAGGCUAUCCGACGGAGACUGGGGAGCCAGCGCCUGUGGAGAAAACCAGCUACCCACUCACACAGUUCGACUCUAAGCUGGUGAUUCCGUACCGGGAGUUGAAGGAGAUUGCCAAGGAACACCGAAAAGAAGGAUCAAAGGAGGUCGAGAUCCUAGAUGCUAGAUCUUACGGGCGAUGGGCUGGUACUGAUCCCGAACCGCGCCCGGGCUUGUCUUCGGGACAUAUCCCUGGCUCCAGGAGCCUGCCAUUUCAGGAACUUCUUGACCCUGAAACAAAGACCUAUCUUUCUCCUGAAGAGCUGCGCAAGGUCUUUCAGAAGCACGAAGUCGAUGAAGCCAAGUCCAUCAUCAGCACAUGCGGAACCGGCGUGACGGCCAGUAUCAUUGAAACUGCUUUGAAUGUGGCAGAGUAUGGAAAUCCCAGUCUUCGGAGGGUUUACGACGGGAGCUGGACUGAAUGGGCACAGCGUGUCAACGACUCUGAGGGUCUAAUUAAGAAGGCGACCUGA